AUGACUUUGGCACGAGGACUUGUUGUGCUGUUAUCUGUUUUAACGUUACACUCCGUGGCGUGUAGAUUUAUCAUUCCAGACCUACCAAACAAACAAUUUGUGAUUCAGGGUGAUCUAAUUUUAGGAGGACUAUUUCCAAUCUCGACAUAUCAUCCGUUUGAACCAUGCGGUGGUGAGAUCGCAUCAGAGGCUAUGAUGCAAUUCGUCGAAGCGAUGGCUAUAACAGUUAAACUAGUUAACCUGCGGAGUGAUAUUCUUCCAAAUGUUACGCUUGGAAUGGCUGUGCUUGACACAUGUGGGAAGGAUACAACAGCUCUCGUCCAAGUGCUUCAUUUCCUACCACAGAACGAAACCGACGAAUGUGCCUCCUCAACGAAUACUUCUACAACGGACGCGGAUGGUUUCUUCGAGGUAGUUGGCGUAGUUGGAGCAUAUAAGAGUACAUCAAGCCUAGAAGUCGCAAAUCUUCUAGGCCCAUUUGAAAUUCCACAGAUGAGCUAUGGAUCUACGAGUGACCUACUGAGUGAUCGAACAAGGUAUCCCUACUUCAUGAGAGUGGUACCACCGGAUCAAUCACAAACCAACGCUAUGAUUGAUUUCAUACAUCAUUUUAAUUGGACGUAUAUCCAUGCUAUUCAUUCCAUCGGGGUGUACGGAGAAGGUGCAGUAGCAAACCUUAGACUCCUGGCAAAGUCAAGGGGUGUUUGUUUAGCGACUGAUAUUCAAGUUAAAGAGGAGUAUACCGACGGAGAAUGGGAAAAUGUUGUGAAUCAAUUACUUGUGGACUCUCGCGCUAAAGUUGUUGUUGUCUAUGCCGGUCCUGACCACGUUCUUGGACUAUUUUCAGCGGCAAAGCGGAUGAAGAUAACUCGCAGGUUUAUCUGGAUUGGAAGUGAUGCUUGGGCAGAGGGAAUUCGAACUAAUAGGUUGAAUGGUUUGAAAGAUAUCAUGCUCGGUGCAUUUACUUUCAAUGUCUUUGCUAAAACCAUUCCCUUAUUUGGAACAUAUUUCAAGGGCUUGAAUCCAAACAACAAUGCUGAAAAUCCUUGGUUCAGUAACUAUUGGGAAUCAUAUUUCAAUUGCACUUUUAGUAAUUCUACGGAAAAGCAGCAAUGUAACACAACAUGGGAAAUCAGUGAAGAUAAUGGUUAUAUGGAGUCGAGAUCUUUAGCAGCGGUGGUUGAUAGUGUUUACGUUUUCGCAAAUGCUUUGGACAAGAUCAUCAAGAAUACAUGUCCGGGUUUGGAUCCCUUAGCAACGAGAAAUUGCAUUAAUGGCCCGACAUUGUAUCAAUAUCUACGCAAUUCAUCGUACGACGGAAAUCUCGGUGAAAUUGAAUUUGAUCGAAACGGUGAUGUGAUUGGAACGUAUGACAUUGAACAAAUCUACAUUGAUAACAACACCGGGGGAUUCGAACAAGAUGUCGUUGCGAGGUGGUUUGCAAAAACUAGCAAUUUAUCAUUUUUGGUAAAUAUCACUGAUAUACCAUGGUACCUUGAUACACCAGCGAGUACAGCAAUUCCAAAGUCAAUCUGCAGUGAUCCAUGUGAUUUUGGGUUUUAUUACGUUCGGCAAGAUCUCGCGUGCUGUUGGGAUUGCAAGAAAUGUCGCGAGAACGAGAUCGUAACGCUUAAUCAAACCGAUUGUGAAACAUGUCCGAUUUAUUAUUGGCCAAAUGGAAAUUUUACAAAAUGCGAUCCAAUAGAACCCGAUUAUAUGCGAUGGUAUGACCCUGAAGCAAUCAUGCUUGUAGCCUUUGCAAGUCUUGGAAUCGCUGCCACGUUAACAGUUCUCGGGUUCUUUAUAAAGCAUAGAGAACACAAGCUCAUCAAGGCCUCGAGCAGAGAGCUUUGUUACAUAAUGUUGGUCGGUAUGCUGAUUGGCUAUGGAACAGUGUUUGGGUUCAUCACUCCACCUGUAGACAUAAAUUGCUACUUAGAUCAUUUUGGAUUCAGCCUCGGUUUCGCGUGGGUAUACGCCCCAUUACUAACCAGGACCAAUAGGAUUUACAGAAUUUUUGACGCCGGAAAGAAAUCAACCAAACGGCCGAGUAUAAUUGGUUCUCGAUCACAGGUUGUCAUAGCGACUGUACUUAUUACAAUUCAGGUGGUCAUAAGUUUCAUUACUGCAGUUAUAACGCCACCUGAGAUCGGCCUGUCGAUGCCUCUAAUCACAGAGAAAUACGUGGAACUCAGUUGUGAUAUGCCAUUGUCGAGCCUCCUAACGUCACUGUCAUAUAAUAUAUUGUUGGUUCUUCUAUGUGCUUUCUACGCCUUUAAGACAAGAAAACUCCCCGAUAACUUCAACGAGAGCCGUUUCAUAUCUAUGUGUGUAUACACCACACUCGUCAUCUGGUGCGCCCUCAUUCCUAUCUACUUCACGACAACCAUUGGGAAGGGGUUCCUGAAAAUCAUUAUCCUCUCGCUUGCGUUGCUACUGAACUGCACAGUUGCACUCGUUAUGUUCUUUGUCCCUAAGAUCUAUGCCUUGUUGUGUAUCAGUGAAGAAGCGAUUCAGUAUGCCGAGACCCAGCAACAACCAGGUGGCGCUGUACGCCCUUUAAAUGAAACGAAUAUGAAAGCAUCGUCAUCUGUUGAACCUUUCAAAGAGCGUUCGUCGAUCCUGGCGUCGUUAAGACCUCCACAGCCACGAAGUCCAUGAUUGUACAAUGGCAUACAGAAGAAAUAAACAUUGAAGCAAGAAUAUAUAGACCUCUCUCGGUAGAUCAAAACCUACAUCUAUACCAUU